AUGGAGAAACACAAGGGAGAUGAAUUGAAAGAAAAGCAUAAUACACGCAUAAAUACACAAAAUAGCUCACAUACAGAAAGUGGCGGCAUCAUGAAUACGCACAGUUUCAGUGGCAUAGCAAUAAAGAGUUCACCACGGAUUGAAAAGAAGAGCAAAACAAUACACAUCAACAAUAGCAAUAGCAAGAGAAUUGGUACCUCAAUUCGGCUUCAGAUUCAAUACCAAAGUGGACUCGCAGAAGUGGGGAAGGAAAUCCCUUCAAAGUUGUCAACAUCGAAACCGCCGCGUCAAAGGCAUUCUGAGGUAUGCGAUUUCUGCUUAAUUAGCAAUAUGUUGUAG